AGAGCAUGGGUCCCUCGAGGUUGUGGAGCGGCUGAGCCCGGGCCGGGGGCCGGCGGCACGCUGGAGGCGCUGCGGCGGCACUCGCGGCAGAUCGCCGCGCGCCGGGUGCGCCGGGUGCAGUUCUCGGAACGGGAACGAGAUGGCGCGCGCGGCGACGGCGCAGAAAGCGGCGGGUCGGAGAUGUCGGGCGGCAGCGGCGGGGCGGACCGGCGGCCGUCCACCUGCCGCGUCGAGAUGGGGAACCUACUGGCGCCGGAGCCGCGGCCGCUCGACAAUAAGGUCAAGCGGCACAGUAUCCACGGGAUGACAGAGGAGGAGAAUGUGGUGCGUCCGCACCAAGAGAUGGCGGUGCUGUCGCUGGACGAGAAGAAGUACCUCCUCGGGGUGGAGCGCGGAGACGUGGCGGGCACCCGGCGCGUGCUGCUGCGCGCCAGGGAGACACAGCACAUUAACGUGGACUGCGUCGACCCCCUGGGAAGGUCCGCACUUCUGAUGGCCAUCGACAACGAGAACCUGGAGAUGGUGGAGCUGCUGCUGGAGUUCGGCGUGGAGACGCGCGACGCGCUGCUGCACGCCAUCUCCGAGGAGUUCGUGGAGGCCGUGGAGGCGCUGCUGGACCAUGAGGAGCGCUGCACCAAGCCGGGGGAACUGCACAGCUGGGAAGCGCUGCCACCGGAGACAGCGACGUUCACACCAGACAUCACGCCGCUUAUCCUGGCCGCGCACCGUGACAGCUACGAGAUUAUCAAGUUGCUGCUGGACCGCGGCGCCGCGCUGCCAGUGCCGCACGACGUACGGUGCGGCUGUGACGAGUGCGUGCGGUCACGGCGCGAGGACUCACUACGUCAUUCCCGUUCUCGCAUCAACGCGUACCGCGCACUCGCGUCACCGAGCCUCAUAGCGCUGUCCUCCAAAGACCCCAUACUCACGGCGUUUGAACUGUCGUGGGAGCUACGCCGGUUAUCAGCGCUCGAGCAUGAGUUCAAGACAGAAUAUCAGGAGCUGCGCGCGCAGUGUCAGGAGUUCGCGACCGCGCUGCUGGAUCACACGCGCACCUCGCACGAGCUGCAAGUGCUGCUGAACCACGAGACGGGCGCCGCCACGCCGCCGCUCGCCGAGCCCGGCGCGCCGGAGCGCAUGCGCCUCUCGCGCCUCAAGCUGGCCAUCAAGCUGCGCCAGAAGAAGUUCGUAGCGCACCCGAACGUGCAACAGCUUCUGGCCUCGAUCUGGUACGAGAGCGUGCCCGGGUUCCGGCGCAAGAACAUGCUGCUGCAGGCGCUGGAGAUGGCGCGCAUCGGCGCCAUGUUCCCGCUGCACGCGCUGGCGUACGUGGCCGCGCCGCACUCGGCGCCCGGCCGCACGCUGCGCAAGCCCUUCAUCAAGUUCCUGUGCCACUCCGCCAGCUACUUCAUGUUCCUGUUUUUACUAAUCCUGGCGUCUCAGCGCAUCGAGACAGCAACGAUGGGGAUAGGGUGGGAACGAAGCAAUCAAGGCCAGCCGCCAGUGUCCCGCCGGGGGGCGCCGCCCUCGCUCGUGGAAUGGCUCAUCCUCGCCUGGGUCAGCGGCUUGAUCUGGAGCGAGGUGAAGCAGCUGUGGGACAUGGGGCUGCGCGAGUAUGUGCACGACAUGUGGAACGUGAUCGACUUCGUCACCAACUCGUUGUACGUCGCCACCGUCGCGCUUAGGAUCGUCUCACACUUUCAGGUGCGACGAGAGAUGGCGCAAGGUCUGCAGUGGAAUCAGCCCCGCGAGAAGUGGGACGCGUGGGACCCCAUGCUGCUAUCCGAGGGUCUGUUCUCCGCCGCCAACAUCUUCAGCAGCCUCAAGCUGGUGUACAUCUUCAGCGUCAACCCGCACCUGGGCCCGCUGCAGGUCUCGCUGAGCCGGAUGGUGCUGGAUAUCCUUAAGUUCUUCGUGCUUGAUAUACUGGUCAUCUUUGCUUUCUCGUGCGGUCUGAACCAGCUGUUGUGGUACUACGCGGACAUGGAGAAGAAGCGAUGUGUGACCACUCCGAGCAGCGCCAAUGGCACCAUCCCUGAUCCUGAUGCCUGCAUCGUGUGGCGGCGGUUUGCCAAUUUAUUCGAAACGAUGCAGACUCUGUUCUGGGCGGCGUUCGGGCUCGUAGACCUGGACUCGUUCGAGCUGGACGGCAUCAAGAUCUUCACGCGCUUCUGGGGCAUGCUGAUGUUCGGCACGUACGCCGUCAUCAACGUCAUCGUGCUGUUAAACUUGCUCAUUGCUAUGAUGAAUCACUCAUACCAGCUCAUAUCCGAGCGCGCCGACGUGGAGUGGAAGUUCGCGCGCAGCAAGCUGUGGAUCAGCUACUUCGAGGAGGGUGGCACGGUGCCACCGCCCUUCAACGUGGUGCCGUCGCCCAAGUCGCUGCUGUACGCGUGGCGCUGGCUGCAGCGCCGCAUGUGCGGCCACGCGCGCGCCAAGCGCGAGCACAUGCGGACCAUCAGGAGAAAAGCAAAGCAAGCCAACGAACGCGAUUUCCGAUACCAGGCGAUAAUGCGUAACCUGGUGCGUCGCUACGUGACCGUGCAGCAGCGUCGCGCCGAGUGCGGCGGCGUCACCGAGGACGACGUGAACGAGAUCAAGCAGGACGUGUCCGCGUUCCGCUGCGAGCUGGUCGAGAUCCUGCGCAACUCCGGCAUGAACACGUCCACCGCCAAUGCGGGUGCGCCCGGUGGCGGCGGCGGCAAGAAGAACCGGCAGAAGGAGCGGCGGCUGAUGAAGGGGUUCAACAUCACGGCGCCGGGCGGGUCGCUGGCGCCGGUGGACGAGUUCCUGGCGUCGCUGCACCACGAGCACGGGCCGCACUCGCAGCUGUCGCAGCUGCUGGGCGGGCGCCUGCGCGCCAGCCAGUCCAGCCUGAGCGACGCGGCGCCGGCGCCCGGGCGCCGCAAGCCGCCGCACAAGCGCCGCUGGGGCACCAUCAUCGACGCGGCCCGCGCCGCGCGCGUCUCGCGCCUCAUCGGCCGCUCCCGCUCCGAGGACUCCGUCUGCGACCACAACCGACACUCGCCCAGUGGCAGCGAGCGAUCGGAGUCUGGGAGCGACUCGCAGCGCAGCGAGCGGCGCGCGGGCGGCCCGCUGCACCCGCUCACCGCUCUAGCCGCGCUCAAGCGGAAGCGGAAGAAGUUCUCAGACUCACGGCGGCAAGCGGAGGAACGGGAUCGUCCGGCGGCGGAGGCGCUGCAGCGCGCGAGCUCGGUGCCGGCGCGCGCGCCGCCGCCGCCGCCGCCCGAGCGCGCGCCCCCGCCGCCCGCGCCGGCGCCCGACCGCGGCGGCUCCAGGGAGCCGCUGCUCGCCAGCCUCGACGACGAUGCCACCAAGCAGGAGCAGCAGUGCGGCUGCGCCGAGCCAACGGGGCCCACGCCACGCGGCGGCGCGCCGUGCGGCCGCUGCGCCGCGCUCGCCAAGCUGGCCGGCGUCACGCCGCUGCACGGACACGCGCCGCACCACUCCGCCGGCUGGCUCUAACGACACACGGUCCAGGAGUCUGAUCCGGCCCGGGCCAAAAAACAUAUAUAGCAUCUGGCUAAGAAGCCAGAAGCCUGGCCCUCGGGUCAAAUUGGAGACCCCUGACCUAAACCAUCCGUCUGCGGGCUCACUGUGAACUUGUGACGGCGUUCAUGUCAUCCUUAGUGGGGCGAAUUUGAGAAGUCGCGCGAUACAUCGCGUGUUAUCCUAGGCAAAAUAGUUUCGUCUUGAUGACGUCACAGUAGGUACUGGUUUAGAUCAGGAAACUAAGGCGGCUGUCUGCGAUAAGCGAGUAGCAAUCGAGUAUUCUUCGUGCAGACCUGCGUGUAAAUAUAGAUCCUGUUUGAUAUUAAUUGCCGAUGACAGCUGGCUAUUUAAGCUGCUAAUAAGUAGGUACUGAGCACCCUUUAUUUCAUGCGAAACCGUCACAAAGAAAGUCAUUCACUGCUACUCGCUGAUCGCCGCUAUAUUUAUUAAGAUACGCUUAAAGUAAUCUACAUAAUACCAUUACAUUAUCAAAAGGCAUUAUUAAGAAAAUUCACCAAAAGGUUAGAAGGAAAAAGGAUCAGGUCAUUUUAUAACAUUAGUUGCUUUUAAGAAAUAAUUGAAUUUUUACGUUAUUUAUGUUUACAUUGAAAGUGCAUCACGUAGUGACGAGACUAAGAACUAAACUUACCUCGCACUGAAUCAGCUAAGAUGUUUAUAGACGAUGUUUAUGAACUAUACUCUGGCAAGCCAAUUUUAUCAAUAGAAAAAGCGCGAAUUUAAAAAAAAUUUUAUGAGAUCGACCGUUCAAAAAGCAUUUUUUUCUACUGAGAAAGUUAGCUUGCUACAAUAUACUUAAUACAUGUGCGGGAUGUAAAUUGAAAUGCAAACAGCAGACAGUGAAAAGAAAAUUAGUUAUUAUAAUUCCGUACUUUCUACACGUAUACAUAUUAACUAUAAGGCUACCGGUAAACUGUUUGUAUACGUACAAUAAUCUUCGUAAAAAAACUAGAAUCCAAUAGAGAUCGAUGGAAAACAGACACAUAAUGAAAUCACAACGAUAAUAGUACUGAAAUAGAUAGUGAUAAUGACCAAUACCUAAGUAAUUUUUGAUAGUUUUUCUCCACUAUCCAGAACGAAUGCAGCAAUAUAAGAGGCCUAAUCAGAACGAAGUAGUUAUAUCAUAUCGCACAGCCUCAUCGUCGGGAAUCACAUCUUCAAUAGCCCUUAUGAGAGGGAAUAGACUCUUAAGAGUACCUCCGAUUGAGACAAUGAACAAUCGCUAGGUCGCUAUUUAGAUCCCGAUUGAGAGGCUGGAAGGAGUAGUCAUAAUUAAAUUUAAUGUAAAUAGUUAGUAGAUAGCGAAAGUGAAUCGAGCUAUGCACAACGGGAAUUUUAAAGCAAACUGUUAAAUGGAGCCAGAUAAAAUUUAGUGAUUCUGGUCGUACUUCCAUUCUCGUCCAGAUCUCGGGUCAAAAUUUACUAGUUUGCUUGGUCUCGUGAAUUGAGAUGACCGUCCAUAUGGCAGGACUCGUCGUUUUAAGUGUGGAGGUCGCCUCGCGGCACGCACAACUCUUAUAAGCGUUUAAAUUUUAAAACAUACUCGUAGCCUUAAGUAGGAACCUUCCUUAACUUUAACCAUGACAACGUUACCUAAUAUCAAACACCAAUUAGGAUAAGUAGGUACAAAUGAAAUUAUAACAUAGUUAAUGAAAUAAAUAUAGGCAACUAUUUAUUUAUACACCCAACGGGUUGCAGUUUAAAAUAAGUCGAUAGUAAGUUAUCAAAUACAAUGUGUUCCAGAAAGUUUUCCAGUAAUCAUUUAUGCUGUUCUGUCGGCGCACACUCACUAAUAUAAGGUUAAUCGAACAAGAAUAAGCAGGGAUUUUUAAUUGAAUGUUUUUCCCAUUUUUACG